UGCAACUAUAAAUGUCAUGAAAAGGCAAACAUAAGCAGUACAAUCUGAUAGGAAUGAAUCGUAACAUGCGAAACAUAUACAUAUUCUACAUUACGCUUUCAUUACCAACUCUUGCAGUAUUAGGUGUUGUAGAUUACUGAGUAAUGAACUAGUGAUUGAUCUUACCGGAGUAUUUGGGUCAAGACUCCAAAAACUGCGUGAGUGACUGGUGAUUCAUGUUAUCCGGACAUAUACUUGUCUCUGCUACCUUCUGCUGUUUGGCAGUAUAUGCCAGAUAUGGUUUUCGCAAAGAAGUGUGUCCAGCCGAUGACGUACUAGUUGAAAGUAGCUUUGAUUUUGAUUUCGUAUAUUCCAAUCAGCCGUUGUUUGUAAACUUUUUACCGAAGACGGAUGAAAAUGCAAUCAUUGACAACAUAUGUUUAACGUUUUUCCCUCUUCCAGAUGAUCCAAAAACGUACACCUGUUACUUCUCUACUGUAUUCUGCGAUGGAUCAACUAGGGUUGAGUCUGCUAUAUUAAGGGAAAUACAACCUGGAAAAUUUCGUGGCUCAAAUCCUUCUUGUACUUACACUUCAAACAUAAUCGGGUUUGCAGGAUGCGACACGUAUCUAGAUUACAAGUGCUUUGAAUAUGGAGAAUGCGACGACUCUACUUAUCUUCAGGGUCUCUCCACGAUCUGCCGUCCGGUGGGACUGUCUUGUCUGAAAAAACUUGAAGAAAUUGUGAGUGAUUUGCAUAUGCCAGAAGCUGAAUACUUUAUACUCCCUAUGCAGCUUCCGAAUCAAUGUGUCACGGAACAGUCAUGUGCCAACAACAUCGAAUUAAACUUUUUCCGUGCUCUCAAUAUCCCUGCACCAAUACCUCCACCAAUACCACCACACCUACCACCACCACCCCCUCCACCUUUUAAUCCAGCUGGUGAAUAUUUCCCUCCUGUUCCACCAAUGCCCCCGCCAUAUUACUUCCCUUAUCCUCAAUACUAUGUUUAGUAUUCAACAUGUUUUCUGGCUUUCCAAAAUAAAUCAUUGUUUAUCUGGAUA